AUGCUCGACCCUAGCUAUCGUACCCACAACGAAGCGAUCGACCUUGACGGUGCUGGUGGAACCAAUGCGACAGCCUACCAAGGCGCAGGUGCGAUGAUGAAUAGCGGGCGAACAGGGCGCUAUACUCCCGAUGAGGAAGGGCAAGUUCUCCUCUCAAAUGCUCAGCCGGAUCCUACAGCGCGGCCUGAAGGCGAUGUGGGAUUGAAUCCUCCACCCUACGACGACGUUGAUCAUGGGCACUACUACCCAUCUCACAAUAGAUUGAGCAACCCAGCCUUACUGGAUCCCGAGACUCACUCACCACGCCCAUACUCGCCGUAUGAUAACCCGUUCAGCAACCCUUAUAUUGUCCCAUCCGACUCGGAAUCCGACCAUCACCACACGAGCACUACAGCCCAUCACAACGCUCCUUACCCACCGGAUGCCCUACAGGAACAACCACCGAUGCCUAUGCCUGAAUCGUAUCACCCUCCAUCUCAUGCUAACAAUAAGCUUUUGAGCGCAGUGCAGCACUAG